AUGAGUCACCCGCGCAGGUCCAGGGAAGCGAAUCUUUCUUUGCAUGCGAGUGCAGACGAGGCGUCCUUACGCGCUUCGUAUCGCUCGAUUGGCUCCUCGUACAAAGAUGCCCAGAAGCUCGGAGAAAAGUCGAGAAACUCAGUAGGCGGAACAUCCGCGGUCAGGGCUCGGAGACGCCUGUCUCUCAGCUCGGAGCCAGGCGGCCGCGCAGGCGAAAACGCAGGCAGUAUCGAGAGACUGAGUGUCUCCUACUCUUCCCACCAGACAAACACAAAACUGGAAAACUCUGCUUCUCUCCCUGAAAAGAAAUCUGACGAACUCUCUAAAGUUCCACACCGUUCCGCCGCUACUUCUGCCUCUUCCUCUUCGUCGUCUUCUUCAUCUUCCUCUUCUUCGUCUUCCUCUUCUUCAUCUUCCUCUGCUUCAUCUUCCUCUGCUUCAUCUUCCUCUGCUUCGUCUUCCUCUGCUUCAUCUUCCUCUUCUUCGUCUUCUUCUCCAGAUCCUUUAGACUGGUGGAGAGAAUAUCCGCCGCCGCGGGCAGUGCCUCCUUCGCCGCCCCUGCGAGCGCCACCGGAUCUGCUUUUUGAGGAGAAGCGUCCUCGGAAGUCUCCAGUGAACUUGGACGAUGUCCCAGUAGGACUGCAUGCAGACGGAAACUUCGAGACGCUUCUCGAGCGAGCCUUAGCGCAGGAGGAGGCGCGGCUGCGCGCCUGUCCUCAGAGUCGAGAGCAAGAGCCACAGGACAAAGAACAGAAACGCACUCCGGGAGAGAAGAGAGUCCGCUGCGGUUUCCUCACGUCGGCAGGCCGCGGGUCUCUGCGGAAAGGCGAGGCGUCUGGUCUCCGAGCGGCAGCGGCCAGCCGAGAGGACCGUGCAGACACCGGAGACAGUGUGGGGUGGAGGCAGAGUCCCCGCGAGUCAGGAGUCUCCUCGGAGACGGCUGCGGACGUGGAGGGAGAGGGUGAGGCCGGGCGUUUUCGCGGGCGCGAUUGGGAGAGGAGCUUCGACAUCUGUCCGUCUUCAGAAAGAGGAAGAGGAGAAGGAGAAGACUCUUUGCUUUUCUCGAGGUCGCUCUCGCACUCUGUGAAAACGACUCGAACCAAAUCGGAGAUUCGCGAAGUGUCUCCGGCUGCGUCGCUUGUUUCUUCCGACUCGGAGAAAAUGCGAGGGAAGCAGAGAGGCGGCGGCGUGAGUCCUCGGCCUUUCUUGAGGAGGCGCGGGGGGUUGCAGGCUGCGUUCGCCGCGCGAUUCAGAGCGUCCGCUUCGCGGGAGAACUCCUCUGGAGCCGCGACUCUCGACCGUCAAGCCGAGUCCUCUCCCGACGGAACGCGCGAGGCCAACGCCGACGCUUCCUGCUUCAGACGAGGAGACGCCGGCCGAGACCGACAAAGGCCGCCAGUGCGAGACGAAGGCAGAGAAGCAACGGAAGAGAUGGCGGACAGAGAGGACGAUGAGAAGAUGGAGAAGACUGGAGGGAGAAGAGAAGGACGCCUGACGAGAGGAGCGCGAGUCGCCGGUUUCGACUGCACUUUGCGAGGACCUCAGAGAGACUGGGAGGAAGAGGGAGAGGACGCGUUCGAGAGAGAAGACGACGCCGUGUCUCUUGUCUGGACAGCCAGUCCAGAGGAGGCAAGCGACGCGGGGGUCCACGAAAGGAAGGGAGACACAAAAACGGGAUGGGGUCUGCCGCUGCGCGAAGCGCCGGGCGAACGCGCGGAAAGCCGUUAUACGUACACCGGAGACAAUGCCUUUGAGCGGAACCGGCCUGGACAACUUGCGUCGAGACGCGGCGCCGACGCCUCGCACGACUUGAUCUACAGCUUCGGAGAAGAGAGCGAAGAAACGGGAAGCGAGAGAUGCCGAGGCGCCCGAGAUCUGCCGUUGUUCGCCUCGCUGAACGAGAAGCCGCAUAGAGAGUGGAGAGAGCGCAACGGCGAGCCGGCCGAGGAAGACAAGAGAGCGAAGUCGAGAGAAGACGCGCCGGAGCAGGAGGAGCGCGAGAGCAGUCGCAGUUUCUGUGCAACUCCAGAGUCUGAACGCGGCCUCCAGAGACGCUGCGGUGACGCCGGGCGAGAGACAGGGGCGUGGAGACGCGUCGAGGCGUCACGAAGACCGAGCGAGCGAGAAAGCAGAGCUCCGCUCUCUCAGAGAGCUGGAAGAGACCUGGCGGCGGGAGCCUCGGCGAACCAGCGCGAUGCGUUGGAAGACGCAAGCGAGUUCGAAAGCGAACUUGAGAGAGACGGAAAGGCGCGCGAAGCGAAGCCCGCAGACCGGGUGUACGUACACCUGGCGAGCACGCGCACUGGGAGCAGCGCGAGUGUCACGACAGCCGAUGGGCCGGAGCAGACUUCGAGUUCGACUCAUGUCGGCGUUCUCUCCAAGUCGUUUUCCACUGCGUCUGAACUCGACGACGACGCGUUCGCCGCAGGCCUCGCUGACGUCCCUCGGGGAGUGCCUGCGGAGCGACGCGAAGGAGACGCGCGAGGGGAGGACUCGGCGCCGAUCUCCGACCUCGUUCGCAGCCGGUUCUACGGCGCCGAAGCGCGCGUCCCCACCUCUCGUCUGCCAUGUUUUCCGCAGCGGCCGUCUUCCGUCUCGCCAGCCUCUGAGUCGGGCAGGAGCAGGGCGCAGAGAGACGAAGACGCGCUUCUCUGCGCGGAGACGCCUGCAGCGGGAUACGCAGAACACAGAGAACAGCUGGAACUCGGAGGGAGUUCUGUGGGUGGCUUUCACAGUGGAGAGACGCUCCGGAGAGAAGAGAAGGACGCCUGUUCACCAGCAGUCCUCGAAAGCAGACUCGAGCUGCUGAAACUUCAACUUCAGCGACUGCGUGAUGGGGAAGCGCGGCUGAGACGCAUUUCUACAGAGCUGCAGAAGCAGCGAAACGACCUGGCCUACGAACGAGAGGCGCUGCACCGCAGCGUGGAAGAGGAGCGGCGGCUCGCGAUGAGAGAAGUCGAGGCAGGCCGGCAAGCUGUGCUGCGCGAGAAACGACGCGUAGCGACCGAGAGAGCGAAACUGCGAGAGUCUGUUCAGCAGCAGCAGGAGCAGCAGGAGAGGCAUCGCGCGCUGCAGAGCCGUCUCGAGGAAGUGCAGGAAGAGUUUCGAACGGCGAAGGAGAGAUGGCGCGCGACAGUCCAGCGACUGAGACGCGAGAAGGAAAUUGUACAAGAAGAGAACUGCGCGUUGAAGGAGGAACUGUCUCUGGCGGAGCAGCAGUUUCGUUCAGCCUCGAAGGGAAAGAAAGGCGCCUUCCUCUCGGCGCGAGCGGGCGGCCUCGAGCCGCACUCAGGUGUACGUACACCCCGCGCCGCGCGUGAAGGCUCGAAGCGGGAAGCGUUUCUUUGCGGCGCCCUCUUGGACGAUCGAAGCUUCUCUCCUGAAGAAAGGAAGCCGAAACUCUCGCUCGUCAGCUCUUCGUCUCGGCCCUCGGAUCUCCCGGAACUCGAGAACAGUCACCGGAGACUGAGGUCUGGCAGCCGCUCUUCAGGAGAUGAACGGAGAGGAGCGCGAGGAGAAACAGAGAAGAAUGAAGAGCGAGAAGGCGGCACAGAACGAAGGGAAAGAGAAGAAAGAGAAGGUGAUGCGGGUGGACGACCGGUGAGAGAUUCGAGAGAACUUGCUCUCAGCGUCGGUCCUGAAUCCGACGCUCCGAUGCAUGCGACGAAUCGCCUCUCUCUCUCCGAUUGGGAAGAAGCUGUCGAGACAACUCUCCAAGUCUCGUCUUCCGCUCUCAGAAACGAAUCCGAGAAACCGAAAGACCCUUCCGCUCCGCGCAUAGCCGUCCCCCCGUCUUCGUUUUCUUCUUCUGCCUCUUCGUCCUCUUCUUCUGUUCUGGUGACACAACUUCGAGCGUACGAAGAGCAGCUGAGGCAUCAGCAGGAACAGCUGGAAGCUCAGCAGUGGGAGUUGGAGAGACAGAGGCGCUUGAUUGCGGCGAGACGCAGAGAGGAAGAAAGUGCGAGUGCUCGCACCAGUCUUCCUCCGCGAAGCGAGGGAGAAGAUGGUCACGCGCAGUCUCCGUCCGAAACGCAUGCAGCCACAAGUUUCUCGACGCAUGCAAAUAGUGCUUGUGCAACGCAUGCAGUUCCAGGCGCCUCCUUUGGCGCCGACGCCCAGGUGUCUCCGCACCUGCGAGGGCCGGGGCUUCUCCCGCCGCCAACGGAUCGAACGUGUCAGGUGUACAGACAUUCGGCGACAUGCCGACCUUCGCCGGCGGCGGCUUCUCCGUUUCCGAGCGGCUUGUCGCGAGUCGCGGAGAAUCGUGGACUUCCUUUUUUGAUUUCGGGGCAGGAUGUAGAGGCGGGCGUCUCGGGGGAAGCUGUCAGAAAGUCUGAGGAACCGGCGUUUGCUCAGAGAGCGACCGUGGGGGAGCAUGCAUGGGAACGAAAGUCUUCCCUGACGCCUUCUCCGCCCUCGUACGUGGUUUCGCCUGCCCUCUGCUCAGCUGCGGCGUUGCCGAGCGCGCCAAGUCCGCAGUUUUUCGCUGGGUCGAAUCGCGCGGCUCGCGCCUCUCUGACGUUUCCCGCUGCCAGUGAAGCUCGCAAGUCUUCGGAGGCGACGACGUCGUUGGAGGCCGGCGAGGAUGGAAGAGAGAAGACGGCAGACACCGGGGAGAGCGCGUCUUCUUUGGAGGAGAGAAAUGGCACUCGGAGGAGGGUGGAAGAGAAGCCACCAGGAAGUGCAGAGGCCGCACAGUUCAGUCCACGUCACUUCCGGCGUAGCAUGCAGGAUCUUCUUCAGUUCGACUUCGACGGUCCUUUUCAGCGCGGCCGCGAGGCGCUCUUUCAACUUUUGAAAAAUCCCGGAGACAUUGCUCACGAAAAAGAAAAGGCAGGACGAAGAGAAAUCAUCUACCACACAGGUCUGCGACGACUGCUUUACGAAAGUGGCUUGCAGAAGGUUCAGGCGAACAACGGAUGGAACUUUGUUCUCUUCGUCAACGGAGAUCUUCGUAUUUCGACGCGAGACGAAACACAUAUCUACCAUUUCGCCGAGCAGAACAUCCUCCAGUAUACGCUGCCAGAUGGCAAGAAAUACAACAGAUUUGCUGACGGUCAGCGCGAGGUUCAGUUCUCCGACGGUCAUGUGCAGAUUCUUUUCAGCAACGGCAUUAAAAAGGAGAUUUUUACGAACAAAGCCGAAGAGAUAACCUUCCCUGAUGGCACCCGCCAAGUCAAAUUGCCUACGCAGGCCGGAACCGCAUGCACAGCUUCUGCCUCGUGAUUUUCCUUCCCUCUUGUCGAGACGACAAAAGAGAAUAAAAGCAAGAAAAUGCUUGAGGAAGCAGACGCCGUCCUCUCAGGAAGGCCGGCGGGCGCGAGCAGAAGGCGAACCUGCAAGAGAGACAGCAGAGCAGCGCGAAAGAGACGAAGGCGGAGUGUAAAUUGACAG